GCGGGAGGGGUAGGAGAGGAGGGAGAAAGCGGCGGAAGCGGAAGUGGCCCUCGUGGCGGUUGCCCUGACGCUGGAGCGUGAGCUUCAGCCUUCUUCCUAAUGACCUCUAAGGCCAGAAAGCGAGUGGUCCUCCCCACAAGACCAUCUCCGCCCACAGUUGAACAGAUCCUGGAGGAUGUCCAUGGUGCUCUGCCCUCUGAUCCAGUUUUCACCUCCUUUGCCCCACAAGCCAUGGAAGAGCUUCCUGCCAUUCAGGAGAAUGAGGACCCAGAGGCAGAAAGGGAACGGCAGUACCAACAGAGUCGCUCCUAUGUGGCCCUGAACCAUCGGCUCCAGCUGGCCUGUGGCCUGCUGAAACAGAAGUGUGAGGAGCUGCGGCAGUCUGGGGACAGCCUUGAGGAAGACAUCCUAGAGAUGAAGCAGAGGACCGUCUCUGAUGCACAGGGUUCUAGCUGUAAUCCUGGUGUGGGCUGCUCAGGUUGAUGUCAUGCUUUUUGAUUUGUUUUUGGAAGUGAAAUUCAGGACCUCUGUGUCUGCAGAGACACAAGCUUUUCUGGAAGCUGCUUUUCUAAGGUUUGCCUGCCAGUUCUGGCCCCCUGGGUUUUCCUCCACCCUUUUCUCUCCUUCAGCCCACCUGCCCCUUCAGACUUGAGGCCCCGUCCCCAUUUGGGGGAGGAGUGGAGGAAUAUUGCAGUAUGACAUCUACCUCUGGCCCUGUAAGGAGGACAAGAAGGCCCCACAGAGCUUCACACGUACUAUCAGGAACUGAAGCCAGUUGUUACACACAACCAUUGGGGUCACCUGGGAAGGUCAAGAUUGACCUGGACAAAUUUGAGUGCGUAAGGGUAUCUAGAACAGACCAUGGAACUGAGGACUAAGUCCACUUGGAACAUGAUGAAGGUAGGGCAAUGAAGACAUUAUCUCCAAGGAUGAUUCUUCUGAGAGACACUGCCAGAUCACCAGAGAAGAAUGCUGGCUGCUGGAACGCAUUCACUUAAUUAUCACAGCUCCCCAAAAUGUCAUCUGGUGCUGUCAGCACAGCCUCUUCCCAAUCUCUCCUGUUUCUCUAUACAUGGGCCUCAAAGUCCUAUUAAAUCCAUGCCUUUUACUUUUUAAAACUUUGACUAGUCAUUUCUCUGCAUACUGGCUUCUGUUGGUUUUGUUGAUUUCAUCGCCCCCCAUUAAAGUGAAAUUGUCCAAA